CAGUCAGCCAGCCAGUCAGAGUCGGCCAGUCAGCCAGUCAGCCAGUUUUAUUUCGAGUCUGAGCGCAUGAAGUUGUGCUCCGGAUUGUCUCGUCGCUUGUCGAUCACCGAUCGUUGUGGUGUGUUGUUUGUUGCUCAAGUGUUUUUCAAGUUUGCCCUGCAUAUACGCGUACAUACAUAUGCACAUAUGUAUGUGUUUAUGUGUAUGUGAAGAAUCAGCGAAAUUGGUCGCUCCGUGUGCGGAGCGAUGAGCCCGAGGCUGGGCCUGUUCUGGCUGUUGACACUUCUACUGUUGGCCUCCAGCGGCAGUCGCGAGUCCCAGCUACGCAUUGGCAAAGCCAUCAACAUAUUCCUACGCUAUGGCUAUCUGGGCAUCUCGAUGCGCGUGAUACCCUACACGGAUAAUGAGGAGACCGAACGUUGGAUAUUCAAGGAGCCCACCAGAAACGUCUACAAGAACAUCCAUUUGCUUACGGAAACCAAUGAGGACAAUACGCCGGGCAUAUUCCAUGGAGACUUUCACAUGGAGUUCUGCGACAAUCGUCGUCAGCUGUUCCAGGCCUAUUUUCGGGACUUUACCAUUGAGCGGCUGGACAAGCCGUGGGAGGCCUUCACUGGUGGCUGGUUUCCGGAUAACGCCGCCAAGAAAUUGGGCAUCAAUAACUCCUUCAUACAGGGCGACUACUCGUAUGUGUUGGUGCGAGUCGUGAGGUUUCGCGAGACGGGAAAACUGAGCACCCAAAUACCCAUCAAUCAGACCCUGGAGAACGAUGUGAGAGCGCGCGUGGAACAAAUGCAAAUAGGGAAUUUGACGUCAGCCAUGCGGUUUAUGGAAUCCUUCGGCACCCAUUAUGUGAACUCGUAUACGACGGGGAACUCGUUGUAUCAGGUGUUCGUCUACAGUCGCAAGAACUACAAAAUGAUCAAGGAUCGCAUCAAGAGCAAGGGACUGAAUGGACUCUCCAAGCUGGAUCUCUACAACUACUUUGCUCCGUGGUUUGCCGAGCACUUGGGUCACAUAAGAUCGGCCAGUGCGAAUGCCACCUUAGAACGGUGGGCGCGUCGGAAGCUGCAAUACGAAUACUACGUAGUCAAGUACCUAUCGCUGCUGAAGCUGCAUGGGAACAGCACGCUGCUGCGAUCGCUGGACACCCUGCUGGGGAACGAUGCCAUACUGCAGCUCGAUCUGAAGUCAUUGAACGUGGUGUUCCGCGAGUAUCCGGAGAAGGAGAGUUGGUUCCACGAAGUACUCGACAAUAACAUGAAGUUGUGGGAGCUGAACAUGCCGCAGAACCAUCCAAAUCGGUAGUACAUAGCCAGCCUAGGACUAGGCCCCCAAAAAGUUCCUAGAGUGCGCUGAAGGGAAGUUGACUGCAGAACCAUCAGAAGAUAUCUCUGCUAUCCAUUUCAUCUCUAGUUGUAGUAAAGACCUAGCUUGUAAUUACUGUUUUGCCUGUGAUAGUUUUUAGUUAGUGUAAUUAUCCAGAACCCUAUUAAAGAGCGUUUCGAUUGUACAUUUGAAA